CCCUCUUUGAUAGAACCUCUCUGAUGUCGCCUGGUUGUUAACAAGCUUGACCCAGAAGCCAGGAAAGGAGGGGAGAAGGAGAGCAGACAAAACACACACUGCACGGAGUAAUCUGGAAGGGAUCCAAGCACAUUGUGACGAUCAGUUCUCUGUUUCUGGGCUCGGGCCUUCAUUGUAGUACUACCAAUGACCAACUAGAGCUUCAACUCUGGCCUUGGUGUGAUUUCUCACCUCUUCUGUCAAACCACGCUCACAGGUGAAGUGUGUAUGGAGCAGUGUGAGAGCGCAGCAGCUCUGCUGGAGUCGGUCAGGGAGCAGGAGGUGGAGUUUGAACAGCUGACCAGGGCGUUGGAAGAGGAGAGGAGGAGAGUGGGCCUCUCUGCCACCAGCCCUUCGGCACUGGGUCUCCCCCUCCCUCACACACAGAACGGGCGUUUAGGGGAUGCAGACAUUGAGCGACUGAAAUUAACAGACUCCUACAUAAACGGCACACAGUACAGAAUGGUGGACCCAGCACACGGCGCUCUAGAUGACAGCUACACACCAGAGGAUGAGUCUCAUGAAGCACACUCUGUCUUUUCUGAAGAAGGAACCACACGACGGCUCGACAAUGGGAUGAAGAAACCCAUGUCACGCCAAGUCCUGCCGAAUGACUCCAUGUCCAUCAACGGCAGCAUGUCCGUGUCUGGUAUGAGUGGCUACAGUGCCACACUGGACCGUCCGUACAGACAGGUCGGAGGGGACUACCCUACUGCCACAGUGCCCAGAAACUACCACUAUGGGCCUGUAGGGGUUUAUGAUGACUACAGGGGAGGACCGCCAUCAGAGGCAUACACAAGUUUGAGCAGAGGCUCGCACAUGGAUGAUCGCUACAGGCCAGUUGAUGGAUACAGAACUUUGGAUUCUGGUUAUCGGGCCCCAAGCCGCCAGCAGAUGGACCCCUAUGCAGCACAGCCGCAGGUGGGCAGAGGAAUGAGGGCCAUGGGCUCAGCGAUGGACAUGCGAUACGGACACGGACACUAUGGUCUGGAAGAUGACCAGCGGAGCGUGGGCUAUGACGAGUACGGCAUGGGGCCUCCACCCAUGCACCCUGGAGGUUACGGUACCAUGCCACGGCUAGGUCCAGGCCCUGGUGGAAUGGACCGGCGAAGACUCAGGAGUUGUGAAGAUACUCUGGAUGGCGAUAUGGGAGGAGUUGAUCCGUAUGCCUGGGGUGUUCCCAUGUCUCUGGAGCGAGGAAGCAUGGCUUCAUUAGAAAGCACACUGAGGAAAGGUCCUCCCGCCUCAUGGAGACAACCUGAGCUACCAGAAGUGAUCGCCAUGCUCAACUACCGCCUGGAUCCUGUCAAAACCAACGCAGCGGCCUUCCUCCAGCAUCUCACAUUCAAAAAUGACAAGGUUAAGUCGGAGGUGCGGCGCCUGAAGGGUAUCCCGGCCUUAGUGUCACUGCUGGACCAUCCCAGCAAAGACGUGCACCACUCAGCCUGUGGCGCGCUCAAAAAUAUUUCAUAUGGACGAGACCCAGACAACAAGAUUGCGAUUAAGAACUGUGAUGGAGUGCCAGCACUGAUCCGAUUAUUGAGGAAGACCCACGAUCAGGACCUCACUGACACCAUCACAGGCACACUGUGGAACCUCUCAUCCCACGAUUCGGUGAAGAUGGAGAUAGUGGACCACGCCCUGCACGCUCUGGCAGACGAAGUGGUAGUGCCCCACUCGGGUUGGGAGCGAGUGAGCAACGGCGGAGAGGAAAGCUGCAAACCGCGACAUCUGGAGUGGGAGACCGCCUUGACCAACACUGCUGGCUGCCUACGAAAUGUCAGUUCAGAGCGCAGCGAGGCACGGCGGAAGCUGAGAGAGUGCACAGGAUUAGUGGAUUCGGUGAUGUAUGUCGUGCAGUCGCAGAUCAACCGCAAAGAUGUGGACAACAAGUUGGUCGAGAACUGCAUGUGCCUCUUGAGGAAUCUGUCCUAUCAGGUCCAUCGUGAGAUCCCCAGCUGUGAACGCUAUGCAGACCCCACACCCAUCAACCAGGGCCCUGCACAUGGCUCCAACAAGGGUGGCUGCUUUGGCUCUCGAAAGGGCAAAGAUGAGUGGUUUUCCAAAGGAAAGAAAGAUGGCGAUGAUGGAAGUGCAGAUCAAGUUGACAUUCCAAAGAGAACAGUGCCUGCUAAAGGUUACGAGCUAUUGUUCCAACCAGAGGUGGUUCGAAUUUACACGUCGCUGCUUAGAGAGAGCAAGAACCCUUCUGUGCUGGAAGCCGCUGCCGGGGCCAUCCAGAACCUGUGCGCAGGUCGAUGGACUUUUGGUCGUUACAUCCGGGCCACAGUACGUCUGGAGAAGGGUCUUCCCAUGAUGGCGGAGCUGCUGGCUCACGGCAACGACCGCGUUGUGCGGGCGAUGUCUGGUGCUCUAAGAAACCUCGCCAUUGACAGCAGAAACUGUGAACUUCUUGGUUUGCAUGCAGUGCCCCAUCUUGUGGCGAACCUGCCUGGUGGCCAGAACCAGUCGGGGCGUGCCUUGUCGGAGGAGACUGUGGUGUCUGUGCUGAGCACGCUCACAGAGGUGCUCGGCAACAGUUUGGAGGCAGCUAAGACCCUUCGAGCUUCGCAGGGCAUCGAGAGGCUUGUUCUCAUAAACAAAGACGGCAAGCGGUCCGACCGUGAGGUUCGAGGGGCAGGCCAGGUGCUGCAGCUCGUGUGGGCCCACAAGGAGCUGCGUCGGCCUCUGGAGAAAGACGGCUGGAAGAAGAGCGACUUCCAGGUCAACGCAAACCCCGGCACCACCAACGGCCCGAGCACUAGGGCCAAUGGCACCUAUGGGGACAGUACCACACCACUGCUGGACAGAGGGGAAAAGCGAAAUAUGAUUCCAUUGAAUGAUCUCGGCUCCGAGGCUUACUCGACACUGGACCAGAGGGAGAGGAGACACACCCUCGACGACACCACAGACACUUUUCCGAGAGAGGUAUAUGGGAGAAGAAAGGGCUCCCUGCCUCUCUUGGACUCCUAUGAUGGUUAGCCCCCUCAUCCCACCCAAUCCCUCUGCAUGUAACAGCAUGAAAAACUGAUCGUGUGCAUUACCCAGACUGUGCCGUCCCUGCCUGAUCACUGCUACUGAGGAGAGCGGGAGGGAGGGAUGUGGUUGUCUGUUGUCUUCUCUCCCAUCUCCCACCGGACCAAUACAGAUUGGGAGACGACUGUCUGGCAUCCAAAGAACACGGUUUGUUUUGCAGGCAAAGAUGUUGCAGCAUCAAUAUAUACAAACCUCUUUUAAUGAUUGGCAAUUUACCGUAGCAACCGAAUUUUACUUUGUGUUAAGUUAUACAUUUGUAAAGGCAAUCAUCUUUGUUGACAAUCAUUUGAUUACAUUGUUGUCCUGCUUUUGUAUGUUUUAUUAUUGUCGACGUUGUCGUCCAAGUUAUUUUGCUGCCAAUGCCUGCAUCCUAACGAGGGCCUUGUGCGUAGACUUCGUUUUAGGAAAAAUAUACUGUAUAUAGAAAGAGAAAAUUAGAUGACAGCGUUCCUGUUGGCUGGUUUAUUUAAAUGGUCCUUUCAUGGGGAUCACUUGGAGGUCAGGAUGUCAUCGUUUGUAACCGAGUUGUUUUUGUCUAUAAUGACUUCCUCUCGGUGCGGUGGGCACUCGUGUGGACAAGAGAGACGGUGUGCGUUUAUCUGUCAUACAGUAAAAGUGCAUUUCUGAUUGUGCGUAUGGGAGGGGACAGACGCUGAUGGAGCUUUUUGUUUUUCCCAAGUGUGUUUUUGUAUGGCCUGAUCCAGAACAAUACAUUUGUUCUUGUGGCUCUUUUCUUUCCCUUGAGUUUCUUUUGCAUUACCAGACAUUUUUGUCUUUUUUGGAAGAAAAUAACAGUUCUUGUCUGCUUUUAAUCCAAGAUUUGGCUUAAUGAUUGUGGGAUAUGAAACUGGUCACCAACACCGCUAAACCACUAAUACGAUGUAAGAUUCAAUUUUGUCUUUCAUUGACUGAAUGCUUGUACUUGCCCUGCAGUUACUCUCACAUGUUUUUUUUUUUUUUUUUUUUUUUUUUUUU